GACGUGACCCGUUACUGCGUGUAGGUGUUUGGCGAGACUGCUUUUCGUAAUGGCCCUGUCACACUAGAGCGUAUAGCCUUAACGUAUGCCGAGCGUAUGAAUUAUUUUGGAAAAGCCAUCAUACGCUGGCAUACGUCGACCCGGGCACCUAAAAAAUCUGGAUUUUUGUGGAUUGGUCGUAUACAUAACGUAUACACAACGAAUUGAACGUAUACACAACGUAUACACAACGUGUGUCCAACGUAUGUAUAGCGUAUCAUUAACUUAUAAAUAACUUAUGGGAGCGUAUCCGAGCGUAUGGUCAACGAGUGCCUGGCGUUCUCGACGAAUGGCCAGCGUAUGGGUAGCGUAUGAGUAGCGCAUGUGCAGCGUGCUCGGCGUGUCACGAACGAUCACGUGACGUACCAGGAUAAAUACCGUGCCGGCGGUGCCGCUCUCGUCAUAAAUCAAUAAAGCAUCUACCAUGCCGCCCAAGCGAUUGUCUGCCACUGGAAGACGGAGAGCAAAGAUCCAACCAAAACCAUCACCACCACCUGCAGAACAGCCAGACCAGCCUGACCAGCGUGAACAGCCUGACCAACCUGACCAACCUGACCAGCCUAACCUUCAUUCUACCGGCCAUACACAGUCUAGAGAACCUCGCUCACCCACUCCUCCGUCCCGUGAAGGCUCUGUCGUUUCUGUUGCAUCCAACUCCAGAAAGCCCAAUGAUCAGGCAAAGAAGAGGGCUACGAAGAUUGACUUUGCCCUUACAGUAGAACAGGAGGAGAGUAUGCUGGAGUUCUUGCAAGCAAAGCCAAUUAUCUGGGACUGCAAGUUGAAUGGGUACAGACGCACGGACCUCAAGAACAAGCUGUGGGAGGACCAGGGCGCCAGUAUGGAACCACCAAGAAGCUAUAAACAUCUCCAAGGGUGGUUUAAAUCGCUCCGGGAUACCCAUACCAGGCUGCACAAGAAGAAGAGUGGUGACGGCGCUCCUGCUGUUGAGCUGACUGAGAGGGAGCUAUGGAUCAGGGACCAAUUCGGUUUCCUGAAGUCAGUCAUCAGACACCGUCCAGAGCCCUGCAAAACUGUCAAGGCCACCAUACAAGAACACCAGGGGGACUUGUGUGCUGCAGAGGCUGCCUGUGUCGACAUUGGUGCUACCUUGGAUGAUGUUGACAUGCCCACAGUGACCAAGGGCAAGGGCAAGGGCAAACACAUGAAGACAGUGACGAUGCUCUGCUGACCUCC